CGUCUAGUUUUGUCUGUUUAAAGAUGGGGCCGUGGCAACCCGUGGUUCGUGUUCUAUGGGUUCAAAGUAUGUUUAACGCUAGGUGCGUUAACCGAGCGGCCCAUUUUACUAGACAGGUUUGGUCAGAGGAAGCGGCGCCUGUUAACAAAAAAUCGAACAGGCAACUGUCCUCCUUUCCUGUCAGAAUGACUGAUCCAGCUGUGAAAAGGGUGGUUGGUGAUAUAAUUCGCUCUCCUGAAGACAAGAGGGUUUACAGAGGCCUGGAGUUUACCAAUGGCCUGAAGGCCAUGCUCAUCAGUGACCCAACGACAGACAAGGCCUCUGCUGCCUUAGAUGUCUACAUAGGUUCGCUGUCAGACCCAGAGAAGAUCUCAGGUUUGGCACAUUUUUGUGAGCAUAUGCUGUUCCUUGGAACACAAAAAUAUCCCAAGGAGAACGAGUAUAGCCAGUUCCUUAACGAGCACGCAGGAAGCUCCAAUGCUUUUACAAGUGGGGAGCACACCAACUACUACUUUGACGUGUCCCAUGAGCACUUGCAAGGAGCUCUUGACAGGUUCGCACAGUUCUUCCUGUGCCCUCUGUUUGAUGAGAGCUGUAAGGACAGAGAGGUGAAUGCUGUGGAUUCUGAGCAUGAAAAGAACUUGAUGAAUGAUGCUUGGAGGCUAUUUCAGCUCGAGAAGGCCACCGGCAACCCAAAGCACCCCUUUAGUAAAUUUGGAACAGGUAACAAAAAGACUCUUGAGACGAGACCAUCAAAAGACGGGAUUGACAUUUGUCAGGAGCUCUUGAAGUUUCACUCCACAUAUUACUCCUCCAACCUCAUGGGGUUAUGUGUUUUAGGAAGAGAAUCUCUUGAUGAUUUGACAUCUAUGGUGGUAAAGCUAUUUGGAGAAGUGGAAAACAAGAAUGUUCCUGUCCCAGAAUUCCCUGAACACCCCUUCCAGGAAGAGCACCUCAGACAAUUCUACAAAGUUGUUCCCAUCAAAGACAUUAGAAACUUAUACGUGACAUUUCCAAUCCCAGACCUACAGAAGUACUACAAGUCAAACCCAGGACAUUAUCUGGGACAUCUUAUUGGUCACGAAGGACCUGGAAGUUUGUUAUCAGAGCUAAAAUCUAAAGGCUGGGUCAACACACUCGUUGGAGGUCAGAAGGAAGGAGCCAAAGGAUUCAUGUUCUUCAUCAUCAAUGUCGACCUAACUGAAGAGGGCCUGCUACAUGUUGAGGACAUAAUCUUUCACAUGUUCCAGUACAUCCAGAAACUUUGCACUGAGGGGCCUCAGGAAUGGAUCUUUCAAGAAUGCAAAGAUUUAAGUAAGGUAGCCUUUAGGUUCAAGGAUAAGGAACGACCUCGUGGCUACACCUCUAAAGUGGCUGGUCUGCUGCAUUACUACCCUCUGGAGGAAGUCCUUGCUGCUGAGUAUCUUUUGGAUGAAUUCAGACCAGAUUUGAUUGAGAUGGUUCUUGAUAAGCUCAGACCUGAAAAUGUCAGAGUUGCUGUGGUGUCAAAAUCAUUUGAAGGCCAAACAGACAAAGUGGAGGAGUGGUAUGGCACACAGUACAAGCAAGAAGACAUUUCUGAAGACACCAUCAGGAAAUGGGCAAGUGCAGACCUCAACGGCAAAUUCAAACUACCGAUGAAAAAUGAGUUCAUCCCCACUAACUUUGAGAUCUACCCUCUGGAAAAAGAUUCUCCUUCAGUUCCCACUUUAAUCAAGGACACUGCUAUGAGUAAGGUGUGGUUUAAACAGGACGACAAAUUCUUCCUUCCCAAGGCAUGCCUGAACUUUGAGUUCUUCAGCCCAUUUGCAUACGUGGACCCGUUGCAUUGCAACAUGGCAUAUUUGUACCUGGAGCUCCUCAAGGACUCCCUCAACGAGUAUGCAUAUGCAGCCGAGCUAGCUGGAUUGAACUAUGACCUCCAAAAUACCGUCUAUGGGAUGUAUCUGUCGGUCAAAGGUUACAACGACAAACAGCACAUCCUGCUGAAGAAGAUCAUCGAGAAGAUGGCCACCUUCGAAAUAGAUGAGAAGCGCUUUGACAUCAUUAAAGAAGCUUAUAUGAGAUCCUUGAAUAACUUCAGAGCUGAGCAGCCUCACCAGCAUGCUAUGUACUACCUCCGUCUGCUGAUGACAGAGGUCGCCUGGACCAAAGACGAGCUCAGAGAAGCCCUGGAUGAUGUAACUCUCCCACUCCUCAAGUCCUUCAUACCUCAACUGUUGUCACGGUUACAUAUUGAGGCCCUCCUCCAUGGUAACAUCGCCAAGGAGUCUGCUCUCACAAUGAUCCAGAUGGUUGAAGAUACACUCAUUGAGCACGCUCACACAAAGCCCCUCCUCCCAAGCCAGCUGAUUCGCUACAGAGAGGUCCAGGUUCCAGAUGGUGGCUGGUACGUAUAUCAGCAGAGAAAUGAGGUUCACAACAAUUGUGGUAUUGAGGUCUACUACCAAACUGACAUGCAGACCACCAGUGACAACAUGCUGUUGGAGCUGUUCUGCCAGAUCAUCUCCGAACCCUGUUUUAACACCCUGAGAACCAAAGAACAGCUGGGUUACAUUGUGUUUAGUGGGCCUCGGCGGGCCAAUGGGGUGCAAGGUCUACGCUUCAUCAUCCAGUCAGAGAAGGCGCCUCACUACCUGGAGAGCCGUGUGGAGGCCUUCCUCCUCACCAUGGAGAAGACUCUGGGGGACAUGAAUGAAGAGAGCUUUCAGAAACACAUUCAAGCCCUGGCCAUCCGCCGCCUGGAUAAACCCAAGAAACUUUCUGCUGAGUGUGCCAAGUACUGGGGAGAGAUCAUCUCUCAGCAGUAUAACUUUGACCGAGAUAACAUUGAAGUAGCACAUCUGAAAACAUUGACAAAAGACAACGUAACGCACUUCUACAAAGAGCGGUUGACUGUCGAGGCUCCAAAGAGACACAAGGUGUCUGUGCACGUCCUGUCCAGAGAGAUGGACUCCUGUCCUGUAGUUGGCGAGUUUCCUGCUCAGAACGAUAUCAACCUGACUCCUGCUCCUUCCCUGCCACAGCCCUCGUUGGUCCAUGACAUGACUGAGUUUAAGAGAAGCCUGCCUCUGUUCCCUCUGGUGAAACCUCACAUCAACUUCAUGUCUGCCAAGCUGUGAGACAGAGCCACGUUGGCUGUAAAGGAAAUAAACAACUUGAAUAAGGGUCAGACCCGUCCACACAGGAGCUCUUUGAUUUCAGCUGAUGCCGCUUUACAGAGAUUGUUGUGACAAGCUAAGCCACUGUCGAAGUUUAAUUGAAUAGCAUGUAACUCAAAUGCCUCGUCGCAGAUAAAGCACUUGUAGUGUAUGCAUUUCUGGAGCCUUAUUAUCGUUUAAAGCUUGUUUAUGUUUUUGCCUGUCAGCUGGUAAAAUGUUGGGCCCCAUUAACGAGCUGCUUUUAAACCACUCGAUUGUGUUUUACACUAGAAUACUCAAAACACCUCAGGGGUAAAUCCAUGCUGUUUGUUCUAAACAAUUUUACUGGUAAAUUAGGAUUAUUAAUUUAAUUAAAUUCUGGCUGUAGAAAAAGUGUGUUUUAAGUUUGUAGAUUACUAUUUUUAAACUGUUUUACUACAGACCAAAAACAAGUUCUUCCUUGAAUUUGGUUUAAUGACUACAUUAUCUUAUGGUUGAAGAGCAAUAACCCAUGGAAGUUGGUCUUACUCACAGACGCGUUUAAGCAGGAACUCGGGUAAGGCUGUGUAGGAUUAACCAUGUAAUGUACCUAGAAUGGUUUUACAUGUACAAAUGUACUUUUGAAUGUGAGAUGAUUGUGAUUGGCUGGUUAGGUUAAAGGGGCAGUGGAGAGGGCUCAUGUUUUAAGUUUGAUCUUUGUCUCCUGUGUGUUUCUAAAUAAAACAAGCAAAUGAAAACA